UUUUACUGAAAGACAAUUGUAUUUUAUAAGUACGCGGCGAAGAAGGUUAAGCAAACUUAUAGGAAGCCGCAAAAGCCUUCUCCUCCUGAUGGCCACACUACCAGUCUUCUACGUAUCCUGGCAGCUCAGCCAAGUGGUGGGGGGAGCGUUUAUCCCACCACCCCCACCGGACCUGGCGCUCCACCAUUUCCGGGCUAAUAGGAGUUUAGUACAUUAUUUGGACAAUAUAAACCUCCUCAUAGAACCGUCAUCAGUCUGCCAGCAGAGGGUGCCCAUCUUAAUCCUUGUGACCAGCAUGUCCUCCCACCAUCGCCAUCGUGACGUCAUCAGAGACACCUGGGGGAAACAUCAGGAGACGUACUUCUUCCUUGGCCUUAGCCAGGAUAAUGAUCGAUUGGCAGACGCCUACAUUGAAGAGAAGCAGCACCGUGACCUGAUAGUCCACGACCUCCGGGACCACUACCAGAACCUGACGCUGAAGGUGGCCUUGAUGCUGCAGUGGGCGCUCCACCGCUGUCCACAGGCGGAGUUCGUGUUCAAGACUGAUGAUGACGUCCUGGUCAAUCCCAAUACUUUGAAGGAGGUGCUCAGAGACAAUGGGGACGCGAAGUUAUUUGGCUACAGGAAUGAGAACGUCCGACCGCACCGAGGAAGGUAUAACAAGUGGUACCUCCCUCGGUGGCUGUAUAAUGAAGACCUGAUCCCGGAGUAUUUGUCCGGGUCGGGAUAUAUCAUUAACGGUAAAAACCUAAAAGAAAUCUUCAACACCGCCCUCCGUGUACCUCUCAUCAAUAUAGAAGACAUCUACUUCACAUAUCUAAUCUCUAAACGAGCCCUAGGGUUCCCACUCACCCAUGACAGAAGACUAUGCCCGUAUAAGCCCUGGAUAUUCACGUGUCCAUACAAAAACUACGCUUCCAUGCAUAGUCUUAGUCCAGAGGAGAUGGAGAGUAUUUGGCCGAGGAUACAGAACUUAGGAAACUUUUGUAAUUAUUUCACUAGUGAGCUAUUAUUGUAUUAUAAUCCGAGACCGGUAGGAUAAGUUAUUUUCUCGGUAGUAGCAAGACUG